UGUGCUUUCUAUCUGAAGAGUGCCCUGAGGGCCAGUGUCCGAGUUGGUUUGCGAUUUCAGUCAAGCAGCCAGCCAUCUGCAGCUGUGUUGAAAGCAAGCCAAACUGCACCUGGAUUCAGUUUUGAACUCACAGAUGAGCAGAAAGAGUUCCAGGCUACGGCACGAAAGUUUGCUCGGGAGGAAGUGGCUCCAGCAGCUGCUGACUAUGACAGGAGCGGAGAGUAUCCUGUUCCCCUUAUUAAGAGAGCAUGGGAAUUGGGCCUGAUGAACACGCACAUUCCCGUGAGUUGCGAACUCAACAGAGUUGGAAACGCACCAGUUAGCUUUGCCACCAUUUGUGAUCCACAUCUUCUGACCAUUAACGAUGUAUUCGUCACCCUUUUUCUCUGCUCUGGUCUUGAUGCCAGCUACAUCGGAGCCAGCACCGGGUUCUGUCACACAGAGAUUAACAUGGGUCAGCGCUGCUCCGAUACCAGAGGUAUUGUCUUUGAAGAUGUGCGAGUACCUAAGGAGAAUGUCCUCAUUGGAGAGGGAGCUGGCUUCAAAAUUGCAAUGGGAGCAUUUGACAAAACCAGACCACCGGUUGCUGCUGGAGCAGUUGGUUUAGCCCAGAGAGCCUUGGAUGAAGCUACUAAGUAUGCCUUGGAAAGAAAAACCUUUGGAAGAUUACUCGCACAGCAUCAGGCAGUUUCCUUCCUGCUGGCAGACAUGGCCCUGAAGGUGGAAUUGGCACGGUUAGGUUACCAGAGGGCGGCCUGGGAAGUGGACCAGGGACGGAGGAACACUUACUACGCCUCCAUAGCAAAAGCCUUUGCGGGAGACAUUGCCAAUCAGGUUGCCAGUGACGCCGUCCAGAUCUUUGGGGGCAAUGGAUUCAACAGUGAAUAUCCUGUGGAGAAACUGAUGAGAGAUGCUAAAAUCUACCAGAUCUACGAAGGCACUGCUCAAAUCCAGAGAAUGAUCAUUGCACGACAACACAUCGAGAAAUACGAGCAGUGAAAGAUCCAUUUGUUUACAUUGAAUAAAUGCUUCACAAUGCAAUUCUGAUUCCUAGACUGACCCCACCACACAAACCCACUUUUCUUUCUAUGCAAUGUGGAGAGGAGUUAAAGUUUACUUUUGUUAAGAACAGGACCCUUCUUUAUGUCUGUAACAUUUUCUGAAAGUGCCUCAACAAUUUACGGUGAUGGGCACUGGAGAGAUUUUGGACCCAAGGGAAAUUUAGCGGCCGACUGCAAUCGAACAUAACAUUCUCAAAAUAAGAUGAACAAAUAAAUAGCUAAAAAUAAAGAAGUACUUCAAUCAAA